GAGGAGAGUGAGGCGGGGAGGAGGGGAACAGUAGUCUGUGAUGUAAGCAACCACGCCCCCUUCUCAUUUAUAAAACACCUCCAAAGCAGCUCCAAUUCUCCAGCCUCCCCAACACCCACUUGCCUUCACCCCACGCUGACAUCACCCCUCUCUCGCCCCCCACCGCCAGUGUACGGGGAUGCAAGGGCUACGCCGCUGCUCCGACGACCUUAUCCACCUCGACCUCGCCCCUCCUCCACCAACACCGCCGCCGCCGCCACCGCUGACCAACUCCUCUUCUUCCUCUUCCGCCUCCUUAUCCAUCGACUUGGACGAAUCCGCCGAGGCCCGAAUCCAGCGCCUCAUCUCCGAGCACCCCGUCAUCAUCUUCAGCCGAUCCUCUUGCUGCAUGUGCCACGUCAUGAAGAAGCUGCUCGCCACCAUCGGCGUCCAUCCCACUGUCAUCGAACUCGACGACCACGAGAUCGCCGCUCUCCCCGCCUCCUCCGACCUCGACACUGACUCCCUCCGCAAUCGAGCCCCCGCCGUUUUCAUCGGCGGCUCCUGCAUCGGUGGUCUGGAGUCCCUCGUCGCCCUCCAUCUCAGCGGCCACCUCGUCCCCAAGCUAGCUCAAGUCGGAGCUCUCUGGGUAUGAUUCAUCAUUGAUUAUAUUUAUCACUUCAUAAUUAAAUAUUCCAAAAAAAAAAGGAAAAAAAAAGGUCGAUGUAGCUAAUUCGUAUAAUCCUGCUGGAGUAUGAAAUCUGAAUCCAGGAGGUGUUCAGCAGUUUGGUAUGGAAACGAUGAGAAAUUAGGAAAAGGGUUUGUUGUGGUGUUUCGGUUCCUCUGGCGGGGAUGGGUGGUGGAUGCGAAGUGAGCAGUCAGUGUGGGGAAAGAAUGGAUUCGAAUAAACGAGGGAGUAUGGUUUUGUCGUGAACGAUACUCGCUGGUUACGGAGGGAACACGUGUAUAAGGGUAUCCAGUGCGUGCAGUGCUUGGGUUCUACAGCGUUUGGGCGAGUCAGUCAGAGUAACUCAGUCUCCGCGUCAGUCAUUUUGGGGCCCAUUCCCAAUUAUUAAGCACUCAGGGCGGCAGAUGUAUAGCCCACAGUAGCUUCCUCACUCUUCCUCUCCCAAAUCGCAAAGCUUAUCAUUUCUCUCUCUCUCUCUCGGCAUAUCAAUAAUAUCAAUCUGCUGUGUCGGGAUCCGUAGGUAGAUAUAUGAGAAAUUUGUUACCCUUUUGGAUUGCUCUUUCAUCUUCCGUGUCAAACUGUUGUUGGCGCCGUUUGCCCGGGAUAGGGACAGUCGGGGCCGUCCGAGGAGACCAGGGAUCGAAGAUCUUCAUGGCCUUUGUUUAUGGGGGUUAAGUCCUUGAGGGAAAAAAGAGGGGGGGGGGCUUUAUUUCUUUUGGAAAAAAAAAAAACAAGGUUCUUCGGAAAAAAAGAUGAAGAUGAUGAAGCGGGAGGAGGCAUACGGACAAAUGCUUCUUCAAUUAUUGAAAAUCAAAUGUCCUGAGCAAACACGACUCCUUUCCUCUCUUUUAUUGGUUCCAUGCCCUGUGUUGUCCCUUUCAUCAACACCCAUUUAAUCCCAUGGCUUCUGUAAUAUUAUUCUCUCAUAUCAAAUCAAAUAUGCUUAAAUUCCUGAUUAGUUUUGUUGGUUUUCUCUCACAAUUAUUUAUAUGGUAUCUUGUGCUCA